UAUUAUUGUUCCUUGCUCUCAGAGUCGCAGAUAUCUCAGACAUGAGUUUGGCUUCCGAGCUGUUUGCCGACUUCCAGGACGACUCUGCCGCCAUCGAUGCGGCGGUCGCGGGCGGCGCGUCCAUCAACAACCUGCACCACGGCAUGUACACGCACGGCGCAUCUGCGACUGGCACUGGCGCAGACGACUAUGGCGCAGACGACUACGGCGCGGACGACCAGAACGUUGCCGGAUCGUCGUCGGCGGCGUCGUCGUCGUUGCUGGGACGGUCCUCGGGCACUGCAGGUGACGGGUCGUCCUACUCGCUGGCGGGCGCAUCUGGAACUGUAGCAGGGACCAGCGCGCUGACCGGGUCGCUCAAGACGGGCACAGUGCAGCAGUCCGCUCCAUUGUACUACUCGCCCGACUUCCAAGCAGUGGUCGCUGCCGUGCGCCAGGCAGCCGCAGCGCCGCUGUCGGACAUUGGAUCUGCAUCGUCGUUGUCGUCGUCGUCGUCGGCGUCGUCGGGUGGUGCUGCGCAGGAAGUUAACAUCGAGUCCAACCCAGAGUACCAGCUCGUCGUCCGAGGCAACGCGCUCAUAGUCGAGAUUGAUACCGAGAUUCGUGUCAUUCACAAGCUCGUGCGAGACGCCUAUGCCGUGCGGUUCCCAGAGCUCGAAACACUGGUCGUCAAUCCGGUGGAUUACAUGCGGACUGUGCUGGUGCUCAAAAACAAUGUGGCCUCGGCCAAGGACGCCAAUCUCGCCAGCUUUUUGGCCGCAGCCACAGCCAUGGUUGUCGUCAUGGGCUCGUCAACGCAGUCAGGCCAGCCUCUGUCUGAACUCGAACUUUCGCGCGUCGUGGAGGCGUCGGAGGUGGCUGUGGCGCUGGAUGUUGCCAAACGAGACAUCAUUUCGUUUGUCGAGGGUCGAAUGACAUUUAUUGCCCCCAACCUGUCCGUCUUGCUGGGCACUUCGGUUGCGGCCAAGCUGUUGGCACUGGCUGGCGGUCUCACGGCGCUGUCCAAAAUCCCGGCCUGCAAUCUGCAGAUUCUCGGCCAAAAGAAGCUCGAUAUUGCGACUGGUGUCAGCGAGGCACCCACCGCGCCGCAUGCCGGUGUCAUCUACCAGAGCGACAUUGUGCAACGAACACAGCCCGAGUUUCGCAAGCACACCAUGCGCGUGCUGGCCGCCAAAGUGGCGCUCGUCGCGCGCGUUGAUGCCUUCCACCAAUCGACUGACGCCAGCAUUGGCCGCAAAAUCAUGGACGAGAUUGAGGCCAAGGUAGAAAAGCGCGAAGAGCCGCCGCCGCCGCGCCUUCCGAAGCCGCUUCCGGCGCCCAAGGAAGGCCGAAAGAACAAGCGUGGAGGAGCCCGUGUUCGCAAGGCCAAAGAGCGCGUCGCCCCAACCGAGCUGCGCAAGCAAGCCAACCGCGUCUCGUUCGGAGUUGCGGCCGAGCACCAGAACCAGAUGGAUCUCGGCUACGAUCUUGGUAUUGCUGGCAACGCCUCCAACGGCAAGAUUCGCGUGGCCAUGGUCGACAACAAGUCUCGCAUCACCCUCUCAAAGAAGCUGCAAAAGGAGGUCCAACGGGAGCGUCUGCUCGCCGGAAACAUGACCGCGCUUGCCCACGGUGCAGGUGUGGGUCAAGCAUCAGCAGCAGCAUCAGCAGCGCCUGCCGUCUCCGGCACGGCCACCGUCGCCUUCACCUCUGGCAAGGGCAUUGAGAUUGUCAACCCGAACGCUGCCGAACGCCGUGCUCCAGACUCUGCCAGCGGGUACUUUUCCACCAUGGCGUCCUUCUCCAAAGUCAAGCGGCCUGGAGUUGGCACCAGUGCAAUGCAGAUGUAAUGUCUGAGACGAAAUAAAUGUUACUAGUUUUCUG